AUGCAUAACUAAAUUAAGACUAAGUACAAUCUUGAUAGAUAGAAUUUAUAUUUUGCAGAUAACAAAAUCAGCUUGGCCUUUAGUUAAUAUGAAAGGAUGAGACCAUUUGGAUUAAAAUAACAUGUUGAAUUUGAUAGUGACUACGAUGAUCCUCCAACGAAAAUGAUCGAUAUCACAAAACUACCUAAUGGAUAGUUCAAAGAUAGAAGGUACAUGCACAAUGAUGAGUCAUUUUUUGUAUAAAUGGGUGGAAAGAAUAGAGAAUUAAUUGCCUAGAAAAUCAGAUCGAGACUAGAAAGUAGAUAGAGUCCUGUGACGCAUAGGGGUAAUUGGUGUUUCUCUUAUGAUUAAAGCUAGAAAGUCCUAUUUAUGAUCAAAGGAUGA